AUGAGGAGUGUGAUUCACGUUAACUUCAAAGAUGAUGACUGGCAUUGCCUAUUUGUGAUGCGAUUCAGGAUGAAAAAGGUUCUCAUGGAUCAAAGGAAAACUGUGGAUCAAUGCAUAUGUAUUUGUUCUGUCUAUGCACUUAAUCUUGAUGAGAAGCUUUUAUAUUUCAGCACGCUUAUCAAGCUUUGUGUGAGGUGCCUGUCAAAUGAACCAUCUGAAAGGCCUUCUGUUGAAGAUGAGAUCUGGAAUCUGCAGUUGCAGCUCAAGUCCAGGCUUCACCGCACCAAGAUUCCAACAGAAAUUCAGUCACCAAUUCAAGGCAUCUGA